GGCAACAGCAACACGGCAGCGCCCGCUUACCUGAGUGUUGGCAGACUUGGACCCUGGAAACAGCUGUGUUCCUGGAAGUACCUAGAAGAGGGUCGGAGCUCAGGUACAGAGGGGCCAGGGGUCAGCAUCUCUGAAGAGAGGCAGAGUCUUGCUGAAAACUCUGGGACAACCGUUGUUUACAACCCCUAUGCCGCCCUCUCGAUAGAGCAGCAGAGGCAGAAGCUGCCAGUGUUCAAGCUUAGGAACCACAUUUUGUACUUGAUAGAAAACUAUCAGACUGUGGUGAUUGUUGGAGAAACCGGCUGUGGUAAGAGCACACAGAUUCCACAGUACCUUGCAGAAGCUGGCUGGACGGCGGAGGGGAGAGUGGUGGGAGUGACCCAGCCUCGAAGAGUGGCUGCUGUUACUGUUGCAGGCAGAGUGGCUGAGGAAAGGGGUGCGGUGUUGGGCCAUGAAGUGGGCUACUGCAUCCGCUUUGAUGACUGCACGCACCCGCUGGCUACAAGAAUCAAGUUUCUCACCGAUGGAAUGCUGGUCAGAGAGAUGAUGGUUGACCCACUGUUAACAAAAUAUAGUGCCAUUAUGCUGGAUGAAGCCCAUGAGAGGACCUUAUACACUGACAUUGCCAUCGGCUUGCUAAAAAAGAUUCAGAAAAAACGAGGGGAUCUCCGACUGAUUGUAGCUUCAGCCACUCUGGAUGCAGAAAAAUUUCGAGAUUUCUUUAAUCAAAAUGAAACCAGUGACCCAGCCCGGGAUACAUGUGUGAUCCUGACAGUGGAAGGGCGAACAUUCCCAGUGGAUAUCUUUUACCUUCACAGUCCUGUUCCAGAUUAUAUCAAGUCAACUGUGGAAACUGUGGUGAAAAUUCAUCAGACAGAGGCAGAUGGAGACAUAUUAGCGUUUCUUACUGGCCAGGAAGAGGUCGAAACCGUUGUGUCUAUGCUGAUGGAGCAGGCUCGGGCGCUUGCACGUACAGGCAUGAAGAAACACCUCCGGGUCCUCCCCAUGUAUGCAGGGCUGCCUUCGUUUGAGCAGAUGAAAGUGUUUGAAAGGGUGUCACGCAGCGUCCGAAAGGUGAUCGUGGCCACGAACGUGGCAGAGACCUCCAUUACCAUCAGCGGCAUCGUGUAUGUGAUCGACUGUGGCUUCGUGAAGCUCCGGGCCUACAACCCCAGGACAGCAAUUGAGUGCUUAGUGGUGGUGCCUGUGUCCCAGGCAUCAGCCAACCAGCGAGCAGGACGUGGUGGGCGCAACCGUUCGGGAAAGUGUUACCGCCUUUAUACAGAGGAAGCCUUUGACAAGUUGCCUCAAUCCACUGUUCCUGAGAUGCAGCGGAGCAAUUUGGCACCCGUCAUCCUGCAGCUGAAGGCACUGGGGAUUGACAACGUCCUCAGGUUCCAUUUCAUGUCGCCCCCGCCAGCACAGUCGAUGGUGCAAGCUUUGGAGUUACUGUAUGCUCUGGGAGGUCUGGACAAAGACUGUCACCUCACUGAACCGCUAGGCCUGAGGAUAGCCGAGUUUCCUUUGAAUCCCAUGUUUGCCAAAAUGCUGCUCGAGUCAGGAAAUUUUGGCUGUUCUCAGGAAAUUCUAAGUAUUGCGGCCAUGAUGCAGAUCCAGAAUGUAUUUGUGGUCCCCUCAAACCAGAAGUCUCACGCAAUUCGAAUGCACCGAAAAUUUGCUGUGGAGGAGGGCGACCACCUCACCAUGCUCAAUGUGUAUGAAGCAUUUAUCAAACACAACAAGAACUCCCAGUGGUGCCAGGAACACUUCCUGAAUUACAAGGGUCUCGUCCGAGCUGCGACUGUGAGAGAACAGUUGAAAAAGCUUCUGGUCAAGUUUCAGGUGCCCAAGACGUCUAGCGAGGGUGACCCUGAUCCAGUGCUGAGGUGCAUUGUCUCAGGAUUCUUUGCAAAUGCAGCCAGGUUCCAUUCUACUGGAGCUUACAGGACUAUCCGCGAUGGCCACGAGCUGCACAUCCACCCUGCGUCGGUCCUCUAUGCAGAGAAGCCGCCUCGAUGGGUUCUCUACAAUGAAGUUAUACAAACCUCCAAGUAUUAUAUGAGAGAUGUGACUGCCAUUGAGUCUGCAUGGCUGUUGGAGCUGGCUCCACACUUUUAUCAACAAGGAACGCACCUGUCCCUGAAAGCCAAGAGGGCCAAGGUCCAGGACCAGUGAACAGGGCGCAGCGGCAGCCUCAGGCAUUGCUUGGCGUGCUGUUCCCCAAGGCUGCUGCCCCUGGUCCCGCGCGGAGAGCUGGCACUGGCUCGUGUGGAACCUGCAGCCGGCUCACGAGCCCUUUCUUCCUGCUCCCCUCAGCGUUUGCAUUCCUUGCUGGGAUCCGGAGGAGUUCCUUCAUGGGCAGGCAUCCCAUGGCACCACACCCAGGAAGAGCGGGAGUGGGCCGUGCCGCACCCAGCUCCUGCAGCCUUGCUCACACACUCCGCGUGGCACCUCGGCAGCCCCAGUACAAGCCCAGCUCCGUGGGGAACGAGAGGAAAGUUAGGCUCUGAAGGCCGAGGCGCUGUGGGGUGGACAGGGGGUGCCGGGCUGGCUCUGUUUCACCUGCUGGUGCCACGGCUUUGUUGACUAAUGGGGCCAUUGCCAGGCGUUCACAGGAUGUGUUUGGGAAAGGUCGGGACCAUGACCUGCUGGGGAUUUCUGGCAGAAUCACCAAGGGGUGUGUCUGGUGAGCACGGCGUCCCCCACACCAGCAGCCCCUGUGUUCUCUGUCCACGUCCCUGUCUCUCUGCCGCGGGGACUUGCAGGGGAUUAGUUAUAGACAGAGAGGACUCCUGUGCAUGUCUUUGAUAGCAGGGAUGUCUCAGCUUCACACGUGGGCUUAGCUCUCCGGGAGUGUGGUCCCGAGUCCUGGGCCGCUCACUGGGCACCGGGACAUGCAUCAGCUCCGGCCUCACGGCAGGGAACCACUAGAGUUUAGAUGCUCUAAACUUCUGUAGCUCAGGAACACACCUAUUGUCUACUUGUCUUUUGUUUGUGCACCUGGGUUCAGCGAGAACACACGGGCAUGGCCUUCCAGCGGCCGCUGCUCUGCCUGUCCUCAGGGCUGCUUGGCUGUGAGGAUGGCUGCGUUUUGCCAUGUGACCCAUGCGAUCCCCUUUGUGUUUCAGUGCCAUUUAUUUAAAAAACAUGUAGCUUGAAAAUUUAUUUUUGUACUGGUGUUAGUUUGAUGUGCCACUUUGGGCACCAAACAUAUAUGUCCUUUUUAUUUCAUUUUAUAAACAUGUAAAUAGUAGUGGUGACUUGUUAACAAGAGUAAACCUUUAUAUCUGAAGUAAACGUACCCCUG